CUCUAGGAUCAAAUCAAUAAGUUUACUUUUCUUCUUUUGCCUUGUUUUUAUUUCACAUCGCGUUAACUGGUUGAUUUCGCAUUACAUCAUUGGAGGGUGAGGAUUAAGAUCCGGCCUGGCGCAACACGAUGGCGGAGCGGCAUUUGGAGGUGGAGAGCGUUCGCCUGGCGACAUUCGGGGAAUGGCCCCUCAACGCCCCCGUCUCCGCCGAGGAUCUGGUGGAAAAUGGAUUCUUUGCCACGGGCAACUGGCUGGAGGCCGAGUGCCACUUCUGCCACGUUCGCAUAGACCGUUGGGACUAUGGCGACUUGGUGGCGGAUCGUCACCGCCGUUCAUCGCCCAUCUGCUCCAUGGUCCUGGCCCCCAAUCACUGCGGCAAUGUCCCGAGGAACCAGGAAAACGACCAGGAGGGCAACAGUGUAGUGGACAGCCCUGCGUCCUGCGCCUGUCCCGAUCUCCUGCUGGAGGCCAACCGACUGGAGACCUUCAAGGACUGGCCAAAUCCCAACAUCACGCCUCAGGCUCUGGCCAAGGCUGGCUUCUACUAUCUGAACCGCCUGGAUCACGUAAAGUGCGUGUGGUGCAACGGAGUGAUUGCCAAGUGGGAGAAGAACGACAACGCCUUCGACGAGCACCAGCGCUUCUUUCCGCAAUGUCCCCGUGUUCAGAUGGGUCCUCUUAUAGAGUUUGCCGCUGGAAAGAACCUAGACGAGUUGGGCAUCCAGCCCACCACUCUGCCGAUGCGUCCUAAGUACGCCUGUGUGGACGCCAGAAUGCGAACCUUCUCCGAUUGGCCCAUUGCCAAUAUCCAGCCCGCAGAUGCCUUGGCCCAAGCUGGUUUAUAUUAUCAGAAAAUAGGCGACCAGGUGCGCUGCUUCCACUGCAACAUCGGACUGCGCUCCUGGCAGAAGGAAGACGAGCCGUGGCACGAGCACGCCAAGUGGUCGCCAAAGUGCCAGUUCGUACUGUUGGCCAAAGGUCCAGCCUAUGUGAACGAAGUGCUCGAGGCAACGGCAGCCAAUGCCAGGUCGCCACCAGCCACGGCACCGGCCCCAUCCCUGCAGGCAGACGCUCUGAUGGACGAGGCGCCGGCAAAGGAGGCCCUGGCCUUGGGCAUCGACGGAGGAGUGGUGCGCAACGCCAUCCAGCGCAAGCUCUCGAGUUCCGGCUGCGCCUUCUCCACGCUGGACGAACUGCUGCACGCAAUCUUCGAUGAGGCCGGCGCUGAGGUUGCUUUGGAGGUGCGAGAACCCCCCCAGCCGAGUGCCCCCUUUUUGGAAACCUCUCAAGCCACCACCAGCAAAGCAGGGUCGGUGCCCGUAGCAGUGGCCGAUUCCAUCCCAGCCAAGCCGCAGGCGGUGCCAGUUGCAGAAACCUCCAAGAUCGCAGACCAGCUGCAGAAGAUGUCGGUGGCCUCGCCGAAUGGCAACCUGUCGUUGGAGGAGGAGAACCGCCAGCUCAAGGAUGCACGUCUCUGCAAGGUGUGCUUGGACGAAGAGGUGGGCGUGGUGUUUCUGCCCUGCGGCCAUUUGGCCACCUGCAACCAGUGCGCCCCCAGCGUAGCCAAUUGUCCCAUGUGCCGUGCCGACAUCAAGGGAUUCGUGCGCACUUUCCUCUCGUGAAGCGGAUAUCCACAUCAUACCGAGUUUAUCAGCUAGUUUUAAGCGAACCGAUUGAUUGCACCCACACAAACUACUACAGCGAAGUUCAAAUUAUCCGGUGAUUAGCUAAUGGAAUAACCUUAAGCAUCUACAAAGUACUUGUCCAACUGCAACUAUCCGUUUUUACUUUAGAUACGGUUGUAAGCUGUUACUAACUAUCGCCCUGUGCCCCUUUUAGAACAUACACACUAAAAGGACUUUAUAUGAUUAGACAGCUCCCUCUCUGAAAGUUUAUGAAUACUUCGGCACGACCGCAGAUCACAAAUUUCUUGUUAUCGUACUCUUAUUAACACAUUUAUGUACUUUUGUUGUUCAUGUUUAUAAGCCGCUGAGAGUAUGGUCUACACACAACUAUACGCAAAUUGCAACUGCGAAAUACGAAUAUAUAUGUAAAUGUUAAACGUGA